AUGGAAACAGUGCAUAUCCAUCUUGACACUCGCUCGUGUGAGGUGAGCCCACCUGACGGUGAGGUUGUUACGUAUGCACACGAGGAUGAAUACGCAAAAAUGCUCAAAGAUGAAGCUGGGACGGACCUGAUCUUCAACGUCAUAGCGAGUGCAGCCAAUUGGGCUCUUCUUGCUGGCUACCUGGUGGUCCCUGGAACGUUCAGCUCGUUGCAGGCUUCAAGCCAGGUGGAGAAGACUCUGCACGCAAGUGAGGCUGGCCGGAGAAUACUACACACUAUCCAGAAUCCUCCGCUUCUCGUUAUUGCAUGCUUGUUCCUUAUCAUUGGUCUUGGAGCUUUAGUGUGGCUUCUACGUUUUGAAAAGCUCAGAAGGAACUUCUCGUGGCUGAUCAACAAAAUCCUUGUGCCCCUUACUCUUAAUGCUACAGCUGGGCUUCUGACUACUCUGAUCAGCGUCUAUACGUCAAAAGGAGGGGACUGGUCGGUGAUGGCUAUAACGACCAUCGCAGUUACUGGCACGACCCUGUUGGUAUCCGUAACCUUCCUUGCGGUAUACAAAUUUUACAAACUAGACCCACUGGCCCGCAAGGACAAGGGUAUUGGACGUUGCUGGUAUGAUUAG